UGGUCACCCAUCCAUCGGUGCAAGAAAAAGCUCAGGCAGAAGUCGAUCGCGUCAUUGGUGUCGAUAUUUGACCGACCUUCAAACAUCGAGACCAAUUGCUGUACAUUGAUGCACUGAUCAAAGAGUGCAUGCGUUGGGGAGUAAUCCUUCCCAUGGGAGUACCGCACCAGGCAACGAGUGACGAAGUACAUAAAGGAUACCAUAUCCCUCAGGGCGCUCUGGUGAUGGCAAACAGCUGGUCGAUACUGCACAACUCGGAGAUCUAUCCAGACCCGGAAGUGUUCAGGCCAGAACGCUGCUUCGGGGACGGAUGCAAGGACUAUAGCGACUUCGCAUUUGGCUACGGAAGGCGGGUAUGCCCAGGUCGAUGGUUCGCUACAGAGGCCGUGUGGGCGGCCAUCGUAUCGAUAUUGGCUUCCUUCGACAUUGUGUCGUCAAUGGAUGAGCAGGGAAAGCUAAAGCCUGUCACUGUGGAUUGCACUGCUGGCGCAGUUUCAAUACCCGUCCCCUUCGAUUUCGACUUGCGUGUCAGGUCACCGAGCAUGAAGGAGUUACUCGCAGGACUGUAGUUCUGUCGUUGUCAUCUCUUGACCUACGUGCCCGCAGAUGUAUUUUUGAC